AAAUUUAACAAGCACAUGUCAGUUGAAAAGAAAACCCCAAAAUAAUUGUAAAACAACAACAACAACAAAAAGAAACCAAAAAUAUAAAAUUGAACAAUAACUAAAAAUGACACCAGAUAUUAUAACGAAAGCAACAAUGACAGCUGCAACAGCAACAGCACCCAGCAUAUCGAAAGCAAUAUAUACAGUAUCAUCAGCAACAACAAAAACAUCAACAUCAACAUUAUCAUCAUUGUCAAUGAGAACAGCAACAACAGCAAUAUCAGCAGCAACAUCAACAACAACAUCAUCGCCAUCGACAACAUCAAUUGUGCAGCGACAUCGAUUAACAAUCGAAAAAUUGCGACAUCGAGUGCAUCAAAUAUUGAAAUGUGUAAUUAAUUUGCAUAUUGAUAUAUUGGUUCUUGAGUCGAAUGUAAAUCAACUGUUAGACGAGGUUAAAGAAUUCAAUGCCGAUUUAAUGGAAGUCAAGAGAUUAGAUGAUCUUAUCGAGACUUUAAGAGACUACAGUGGACCCACCAUAUACCAUGAAUGGCCAUUUCCCUUAGUAUGUCAUGCUACUAUAGAUGAAGCUGAUUUAGCACAAACUCUUAAUACAUCAUGAUGCUAAUUAUAAAAAAUAUAUAUACUCGUACUAUACUACUAUCUAUCAUUUAAUCAGGAGCCUAAACAUCUAAAUUUAAAUUUUUGUAUUAGAAAUAUGUAAUUCUGUUUAAUAUUUAUUUUGCUCCUGCAUUUAAUUCAACAAUGGACUGUUAUUUAUGUAAUUUGUAUUAAAAUAUUUAAUUUUUAACCAUAUGUAAAUGGAGUUUGUUUUUCCUUUUUUCUAAAUAAACAAUAAAGACCGAAAUGUUUUUAAUUAUUUUAAGCAAAA